AUGGUGGAUUCUGGUUUCAUCGAGUUCAAGCUUGACUACCAAAAGACUCGGAAGCUUGCCCUCGGCCAUAAGCUCAGCAAAUCCAUCCGUGCCGGGGAGCACACGUUAACAGUAGAUUGCUAUCCGCGUGGGUUAUUCGGGGGUAACUAUCCGGGCGACGACCUCCCUCUGCACCUAUUUUUGGCGAUCAAAUCCAAAAACAUCAACCUCAUAUUCGAGGCCUUCGUGGUAGGCAAAGACGGUGCACCAUCUCCGUCUCAUGCAAAGAGAACCGUGGCAUUCGAAUCCAUCGUCGGUGGUGGCACCAGACAUGCAACUUUGUUCAGUUUCUUGAAGCAAAGUGAUCUGGAGUCGCUCUGUGCCGCGAAUGGUGGUGUGGUCACUGUUGUAUGUGGGGUCAUCCUUCGGCACGACGAAAAUCCUAUUACCGUGCCAGCGCCAAACAUAGGCGUCCAUCUGCGAGACAUGAUGGGCUGCACGGAUGGUUCAGAUGUCUCCUUCUCAGUUGGGCGCGAGACGUUCCAUGCCCACCGGGCCAUGCUCGCUGCCCGAUCACCGGUAUUCAAAGCGGAGCUCUUCGGUUCCAUGGCGGAGUCCAAGCUACCAUGCGUCACCGUGUGCGGCAUCGAGCCCUCCAUAUUUAAAGCUCUGCCUCACUUCAUUUACACCUGA